CGCAUCCCAAAAGUAGAAAAGUAGAGCCUUUUCACUGGAAACGGUGUUUGGACUACAGACAGAUAAAAAGGCACCUUCAAUCGCAGCUGCAGCAGAUGUUGAAAACAUCUGACUUUUAGGGGAGCGAAUGCUUUUCAAGCAUAGAUUGGGCUGUGAUAUCUUUAAACAAAGUCACAUUUUUCUCAUUUUUUUUCUCUCGCUUGUCCCUGCCAGUUGGAAAGACUGCUCCACUGAGGAAACAGGGAAGAAAAUCAAAACACUCUGUUGUUAGACUCAAGAUAAACUGGGAAUCAUUACAGUUUUUCUUCUCUGAGAAUCAUUUUGUCAUUACAAUGGCAGAUGGCAAAGGGCUCACUAUGGACCUGCAACAAAAAGGCUAUUUGUUGAACUGACACCAAACAAAUACCGUCACAAAAAGAAAUUUAUUUUCCCAAGCGGGUUCUGGGUCUCGUUCGACUCUGAAGGAACCCUCCCCCCCGAAGAAAAUUUUCCUUGCCCAAAAUGAUGAAUUCUUCCCUGGAUCCACUGAACCUAAGCCUAGUUGACCCAGUGGGUGGAUCUGCUCCCUUCUGCCUACUUGAGAUCGGUUAUUCCAAGGUUUUUACCACCUGUCUGCUGGAAGUUACUGUUAUACUCCUUCUGACUAUUCUUAUAAUUUCUGGUAACAUGGUGGUAAUUUUUGUCUUUCACUGCGCACCUUUGCUCAGCCAGCACACCACCAGUGCUUUCAUCCAGACGAUGGCCUACGCUGAUCUGCUGGUGGGGAUGAGCUGCUUGUUUCCCUCCCUCUCCCUCCUCCAUUGCCUGCAGGGCCUUGACCCCAAACUCACGUGCCAGGUUUUUGGCUACCUGGUGUCUGUUUUGAAGUCUGUGUCAAUGAUGUCACUGGCCUGUGUUAGCGUCGAUCGCUACAUCGCCAUCACUCGACCUCUGACCUAUGCUUCGCUGGUAACAUCAUGUAGGGUGCGCUGCUGUAUCGUUUUAAUUUGGCUGUAUUCUGCUCUGAUGUUUCUCCCAUCUUUUCUUGGAUGGGGAAAACCUGGUUAUCACGGUGAUGUGGUGGAGUGGUGUGCACUUCAGUGGAGGACUAGUCCAGCAUUUACAACUUUUAUUGUGGCACUUCUCUACGCUCCAGCUGCACUCACCAUCUGCUUUACCUACGGCAAUAUUUUCAAGAUCUGUCGACAGCACACCCGGGAGAUCAGUGAGCGCCAAGCACGUUACCAACCCCAACAACUGCAGGCGAUCAAGGACAACACUGCAGCACAACAGGGGCAGCCGCACUUCUCCGCCCAACCGCAAAUGAUUGGACCCCACCAACCCCCAUAUCAGCACUCAACAUCAACAUACUCAGACAAGCGAUACGCCAUGGUGCUUUUCCGUAUCACCAGCGUGUUUUAUAUCCUUUGGUUGCCUUACAUUAUCUACUUCCUACUGGAGAGUGCGGGGAUCUACCAUCACCCUGCUGCGUCUUUCCUCACCACAUGGCUGGCCAUCAGCAACAGCUUCUGUAACUGUCUCAUCUACAGUCUCUCCAAUGCUGCCUUCAGGAAAGGCUUGAAACGCCUCUGCUCCUUCUGUUUGCAGCGCAGCAGCAGUGGCUUUGUGGUUCAAAACACCAGAAGGACUUUGGUUGGAUCUGUAGAGAAGGGAUGUGGAAGUCCAAGGUGUGGAUAUGGCUACAGGGAUAUUGGAAUUGGCACAACCUGUCAUGUUUAGAGGGAACACGUAGGAAAUGGUUGUGGCAAAAACACUUGGGAACAUCUGUUAAAGAUAUCUCCAGGAAAACGUCUCCUCUGCUAAGCUGAAAUAUGCUGUAAUGAGAUGGAAGAGGCAUCGGUCUGCUACUGCUGUUUUUGUAGCUGGAAGUUACAAAAAGUGUUUGAAAAUGGUCAAGGAAUGUUAUUUAUGGACAUGUGAAGAGAAAGAUGUGUAACAAUCUGUGGUGAUGUGACAGUGAAGAAUCUUUUUAUUUAUGGGAUGUGAUGUCUUAAUUUAUUUACUAAAGUAAGAAAUGUUACAGUGUAAUCUUUUUUUAAAAGUUAUUGGUUGUGUCGCUUAAGUUAAAAAAAUAAUGCAAAUGGCAGACUGCACUACUGUGUGUUAGUAAUUUAGCACUUACAUGAACCGCAAAUGGCAGACUGUUUGACUGUGCUUUUAUUCUUUCGGUGUCCCUCAAGCAUCUGGUGGAUUAAAAAGUAAAGAUAGAGAUCUAGACUGACCAGAUGUGCCACACUGGCAGUUUCACCAUUUUGAGAAAUUAAUGGAAAAGACUAAUGAGGAUGGAUGUCGUUUAGUGAUUAUGUCAAGAGAUGCUUUCUUUCUUUGAUGAACUGUUAAGGUUUCAAGAAAUGAAAUCAGUCGUCAAAACGUUCACUGAUUCCCCGAUUACUUAAUACAUUUUUUUUUGGUUCUUAUACUUUUAUAAAUGUUCAAGCGUAGACAUGCCCUGCUAAAUGACCAUUUUUAACGGAGAGAAAUUUGUCUUCUAAUUUUAAAGAUUAUAAUCAUGAAUAAAACCACUGGUCUUCUUUUUUAUGUUUUUUCCCAUUGAUUUUAUGGCAUCUUUUAUGCACGGUUGUCUUCAGCUCACGCCACAGUUUUGGCUUCGACUCUUGCAAAACUUUAAUUUUCUUCUGCUGAAACAGUUCCUUUGUUGUUAGUACAGUAUGUAAGCUGUGGGUGACUAUCAUCUGAAAUACCAAACAGACUAAAAAGGGGGUUUUACGUAAGAAGAAUACUAAGGAUUUUGUUCUUUGUUAUUUCUUCUCUGACAAAAGUCCAAGAAUCAGCGGUAGAACACUGUCAUAAACAUCUUGUGGGUUGAACGUUGGUCUCACGAGAGCAUAAAACAUUUUCUAAGCAGUUUUUGGAGGACAAGUGUCCAGAUAAAUGAUUAUUACACUUUGGGCAAAUGCAGGGAGCGUGUCAGAGAUUUCUGUGGUAUUUUGAAUCCAUUUGAUGCUUAUAAGCUCUUAGUGGAAACACGGGGUGAGUAAAUGUAAGGAAAAUCCAACUGUAGCUGCUGAACUUCAUUUGGUCACAGAUUCAAUUUUCUGGUGUCAAGUGUGAACUUUACUGCCUUUUACAUUGGUCAAUAUAUAACUGGUUUAUUCCAAUCACAGAAAAAUUUAAAGUUAUUCAAGCGUGACCAUACUUUAUGCUAUUUCUGUACAUUAGAAAACAGUUCUUCAGACUUUAUUAGGACAUUAGUGCUUUUUUAAGGUAAAUUAAAUACUUAAAAAUAAAAUCGUGACCCUUGCGCUUUUUUUUCUCUUCAGUAGUAGAUGUAACGCACAGGUUAAUCAGUUUAACAGUUCUGUAUUACUGCAUUCCUUCCAAUAAUUGUCGACUUUUUUGUGACUUUAAUAAUGUGCCUGCUUCAGGUUUCCAAGUGCAUAUGCACACAAACACACACAUACAUGAAGACAGGAGGUUCACGCUUAACACUGAACAGACAAAUAGUCCUAUUCAUGAAGCCGGAGCGCAGCUAACCUCUGUGCAGCACCGUGAAAAAAGGUCUGACCUGUCAACUCUGGGAAUGCAGUAACAUAUGUGUAUGUUUGUGUCUCUGUGCAUGCCGGUGUCAGCAUCUUGGUGCCAUGUGUAGUUGUGUGCGGUUACUCUUUUAUUCCAUCUUGGUGGAAUUGACACAAGAACAGGCUAAGAAGCCUAAAGAACCUUUUAUACAGUUAGUUAAAAAUGAUUCCGUCUUCAGAUGUUUAGCUUAAUAUUAAUGGUAACUUAUCUACCAAAGAAGGCUCAACAGAAAGUGUUUAAGUUUGUGUUUUCAUAAAUAUGUCAUUUAUGAAGUAAAGACCAACCAGUUGUACACAAUGUUUGUGUUGCUCCAUUGCACUGUGUUGGCUUAGUGAUGCCUUGUGUGCACGAAUACGACUGUUUCCUCUUAUAUAUGUGAUUUAUUGUCUCUUGAAAUGCAAAAGAAAAUAAAAUGUUGGGUGAGUUUUAUGUUCCUUAAGAGUCAAUAACUUUAUAAAUAUGGUAAUGACUGUUAUAGUGUAAUCAGACUAAAAAUGCAGUAUUUAAGAGUAUUUAUAACUGUUGUCUUUUUGAAGUUCUGGGCACACUGGUUGAUACUGUAUGUUCCACAUACAAAAAAAGUAUUGUGUAUAGUGAAUGUUACAGUAGGAACGGCCUCAAUGUUAGUUUGUGAUUGUUUAUCUAUUAACACUAGCCAUUUGAGAAGUGAUGAUAAGGAAAAGCUCCCUUAGUUUCAGGGGUUAACUUUUUGUGAAUAAAGCUGCUUCUAAUUGUA